AACAACAACGUGCGGAAGUAAUUUAGCGGGAGUUCACCACGCUCUCAUCCUUAAUCUCCGGUGUGGGUUUAGUCAUCUCUUCAUCCUUCCUGUGCAGAUUAUUGUGCAGAGCGCGUGCACGGGUUACUGUGCGUGACUGCAGGCUGAGAUGGUGUGAUGUUUGCUUCCAGAAUUUGCUGGUAUUUUUCGAAUCCAUGCUUCCUUCGACCAGUGAAAUGUGCCCUGUGCCCCUGGCUGCAACACAACCCCAAAGCAUGAUCCAUCCACACCCAUGCUUCAGAGUUGGAGAGGUGUUCUUUUCCUGGAAUUUGGCACCCUUUUUUCUCCAAACAUACCUUUGCAUAUUGUGGCCAAAAAGUUCUAUUUUGGUUUCAUCAGUCCACAGGACUCGUUUCCAAAAUGCAUCAGGCUUAUUUAGAUGUUCAUUUGCAAACUUCAGACGCUGAAUUUUGUGGCUCGGACGAAGGAAAGGUUUUCUUCUGAUGACUCUCCGUGAAGGUCAUAUUUGUUCAGGUGUCGCUGCAUAGUAGAACAGUGCACCACCACUCCAGGGUCUGCUAAAUCUUUCUGAAGGUCUUUUGCAGUCAAACAGGGGUUUUUAUUUGCCUUUCUAGCAAUCCAACGAGCAGUUCUUUCAGAAAGUUUUCUUCAUCUUCCAGACCUCACCUUGAUCUCCACUGUUUCUGUUAACUGCCAUUUCUUAAUAACAUUACAAUCUGAGGAAACAGCUACCUGAAAACACUUUGCUACGUUCUUGUAGCUUCUCCUGCUUUGUGAGCAUCAAUUAUUGUAUUAUUCAGAAUGCGAGGGAGUUGCUUAGAGGAGCCCAUGGCUGUUGAUUUUAGGGACAAGUUUGAGGAGUCAGAGAAUUUAUACAGCUUUGAAAGCUGCAUCAUCUGACCUUUCCUAAUGAAGAAUUUGAAAAAGCCACAGCUCAAUAAACUAAUUAAAGUAGUUUUAGAAUUUGAAAAUCGCCUUUGUUUGUAACGAUGAAUACUGAUAUUUGUAGUAUAUUACAAAAAAAAUCACUAAAAAAUGUUUAUCCGUAAUGAUUUUAUAGAGGAUUUUCUGCGAUAGCCCACGAGCAAAACAUCGCGCCGCGAUCACGUGACCGAUGACGUAGUAAAUUGACAAGCUAGACAGCUCACUUCCUGUACAUACUGUGACUGUGAGUGACAAUUCGCGGAUCUACGGAUUAUUUCCACUGUAUACGAUGGUAAAAAAGUGUGUUGCGUACGGCUGUUCUAAAACCAACAAAGACGGAGUAUCUCUGCAUCAGUUCCCUGAUCCUGAUAAGAAUAAUGGAUACGAUCUCGCUGAGUGGAACCGGCAAGUAAAGCGGACGAGGGCAGACUGGCGAGGACCACUCGGUCGGUACGGUACUCCUGCUUGGAAUUCCGCUGCGUUAUGUUCAGACCACUUCACGCCUGAGAGUUUUGAGCCAAAAAACUCUGUUGCCAUUGCCUUGGGAUACAAAAAGAAAGGGAUUUUAAAGGAUGGUGCGAUUCCCACCGUUUUCAAGCGGAGACUUGAUGAUGACGGUCCGAGCUCCACCACCACUCACCAGUCGCCGGUGACAUCAACAAGACCCUCAAAAAAAAGGAGUGCCAUCGAGAAAAUCAAUCGUCGUAAGACUUCGAAAAUAUACAAGACGACAGAUACGCAGAUGGACGCCGCUGUCCUUGUUGAAGAAGAAUCUGCCAGUGUUGGUGCUGUAGAUCACACAAAUUAUACACAGAGUACACAAAGUUCCUCCAGCUCGGACCUCUCAGAUCUCGGGCAAAAGGAGGACUGUGAGAAACCUCAGCAUGAAAGUCAGGAGGCCGAAGUCAGAGAUCUGGAUGAGAGAGACUAUCAGGUUAGCCAUGAAGAACAUGAAGAAAAAGAGCUUGAAAGUGAAAGGAUAAGUCCCCAAGAAACAGACACAAAAGAAGAGGGUAUGGCAUCAAACCAUGAAAACUGUGGCCAAGAACUGAAAGAGUAUGAGAACAUAGCUGAGGAGGAGAAUAAUACCAUCCAGGAGGAGGAGGAAGAGAAUAAUACCAUCCAGGAGGAGGAGGAAGAGAAUAAUACCAUCCAGGAGGAGGAGGAAGAGAAUAAUACCAUCCAGGAGGAGGAGGAAGAGAAUAAUACCAUCCAGGAGGAGGAGGAAGAGAAUAAUACCAUCCAGGAGGAGGAGGAAGAGAAUAAUACCACCCAGGAGGAGGAAGAGAAUAAUACCACCCAGGAGGAGGAAGAGGAGACGGUACCACAGGUAACUUCAGAUCCAAGUCUCCAGCAGGAGCCUGAUGGAGAUUUGAAGGAGGAGACCCCUGAGCCCGAGUGCAGUGAAUUGAGCCAGCAAGAUAAAAAGCUCGAUGAGAAUAUCAUUGACGACAAGAAGAGUGAAGAAAAAGAGGUGGAUGAGAAAAAUAUGGAAGAGAUGGAGCAUCAGAUGGUGAAGGAGUCCUCAGAUAUGAAAGUAGAAAUGGAGCACGAGAGUUCAGAGCAAUAUCAGGAACCUAAAGUCACAGAAGUGAAAGAAGAGAACAAGCAGGAUGGUUUAGCUGGGACAGUUGUGCCUGAAGUAGAGGAAGUCAAGAGCGAUAGCUCUGCUGCAAUGGAUGUCAGUUACAGAGAAGAGCAGAUGCAGGUGGCUGAUCCAGAAGAUGCAGAGUGUUUUGUGAACGUAGUUUCAGUCGAAGCCAAAGCCGAAAGCCCGUUUGAUGAACAACAUUUUGAGUUGGUUUCUAAAAGCUCACCACAAGACUCAUCUAAAAAUGAGAAUGAAACAGAAAACCAUGCAAAUCAGGAUUUGAAGGAUUGGGCAAAGGAACUGCCAGCGCAGAUUUCAGGGCAAUCUGUCCAUCCUGAAAUGGAGGCUGAGAAAAAGAUGACUCCUCCUACUUCUGGCUCCCCUCUUGUGAAGAUCAAGGAUGAACCAAUGGAUGAGGAAUAUGAGAAAGCUCUUGGUUCUCAGGCUCCAACUGGAAAGAUAAAGGACGAACCGGACACAUCUGAAGAAUUUGGCCAGAAGACCUCGGAACAGAUCAAGAUCAGUGCUGUGUUCUCCGUUGGUGGAAGCUCUACGGCUGUAGGCUCUUCAUCUGUGCCUGCUGCAGCAAAUGCGCCAUCCAACACCACAGUGCCCAACUUGACUCUCAGCUCUGCCACCUCUCUGUGUGUGGUGUGUUCAGGCUGCAAAAAAAUCCUGCUGAAAGGCCAGACAGCUUACCAGCGUAAAGGCUGCCAUCAGCUUUACUGCUCACCGCGCUGCCUCUGUAGCAGCACACCCAACGAGUCCUCCAUACUCAUACCUAACCCGAAAAAAUCCUGCCAUUACUGCCUCAAGAGCAUUCCCAACCCAAAGGAUGUCAUCGUUGCCCCCGUGGAUUCGACAAAAGCAGUAAAGGAUUUCUGUAGUCAGAAAUGUUUCAACGCCUUUAACUACAAGAGGGAUAGUGCAAAUUCUGCACUCGCCACGAAAUGCAGCAUGUGUCAGAAAGCGUGCACUAUUCGCCAUGAGGUGAACUUCAUGGGCAGUGUCCAUAAGCUAUGUAGCGAUGCCUGCUUUCACCAAUUCCGCGCCUCCAAUAAGCUCAGCAUGAACUCCUGUGUAACUUGUGGAGGGUACUGCUACAGCAGCAAUGGCAAGAGUCCAUCUUUGUUAGUCGACGGCACCACCAAGAAGUUUUGCAGCCUGAACUGUGUCUCCGCCUUCAAGAAGAAGUACACGAAGGUUGUGCCUUGCACGAUGUGCCGAGCUUAUCGUACCAUCACAGAAAUGGAGGAAAAUGUAAAUUCGGAGGGAAACACAGAGCUGUUCUGCUCCUCUGCAUGCGUGACUGCUCACAAAGUGCAGAUGGUCAGCUCAUCAGGUUCUGCACUGGAAUGCAACCACUGUAAGAAGGUUCUAGUGCCUCAGUAUCACCUCGCCAUGUCUGAUGGUACCAUCCGCAACUUUUGCUCCUUCACCUGUGUUAUAUCAUUUCAGGAUGCUUUCAACAAGACAAAAACUCAGCGCAACCAGCUGAAUGUUGCUCCUACUCUUGGCACUACUCAGUUGAAAUCUGCCCCCACGGUGCAGUCUGGAUCCGCAGAGUCCAGCGCACCCAACUCAACACAAAACCCCUCAGUGAGCAAAUUCUCCUGUGUGCAGUGCCAGCGUUCAUUCAUCUCCAGGCCCGAGCUACUGGAAUUUAAGGGAAAGAUGUACGUGUUCUGUGAUAAGGCUUGCACUGAUGAGUUCAGGAGGACUCACUACAUCAUGGCACAGUGUGUGUACUGCAAAAUCGAAAAGGUGGUGAAGGAGGUGAAGAGGAUUAACAACGUGGACUGCUCUUUCUGCAGCGAAGGCUGCAAACUUCUCUACAAACAUGACCUUGCCAAAUGCUGGGGAAAGAAGCACUGUCGCAACUGUCUCUACUGCAACAGUACAUCUCAGACCGUAAUGACCAGCAUCUUUUCCGGUAAACAAGAGGAGUUCUGUGGUAAUGAGUGCCUGUCCCAGUACACACUGUUAUUCUGUGAGGUUGCCAAAUGCAGCAUGUGUAAGCGUGCCAGGAAGAUGACGGAGUCGGUAAAAUGGCUGAAUGAAAUGAAACACUUCUGUAAUCUGAAGUGUCUGAUGUACUUCUGUAGCCAGCAGUCAUGCACCACAGCCUUUCCUGUAACUUCUGCCAAACCGGCUCUUACACAAGCCUCGACAGUGCCAAUCUCCAUCGCACCGGUGACCCAUUCCUCCAUCACCAACAUCACAACUCUUCCAUCACUGGCACCAAAAGAGGCCACGCCUGUUAUCGCUAAUGUUAUAUCACUAUCCAACGCCCCCAAUGGACAGCCGAGUGUCCUGGGAAAUGCAGCAUUGCAAGGAACCGUCCCGACUGUGAAGCUGUUAGGACAUGCCAGCACACAGACGGAUAGCGUGAAGCCGCCCUCUGCUCCGACGAGAAUCCUGAAGAACAAAGCUUUGCUCUGCAAACCAAUGAACCAGAACAAGGGCACGUCCUGCAAACCCAACACUUCCGACAUGAACACGCAAACAGAUGAAACCCCACCUCAAGUAAUAGUGUUGCCUUUAGCAGUGCCGGUAUUUGUUCCUGUGCCUAUGCACCUCUACACGCAGUACACGCCACAACCUGUUGGAUUUCCUUUCCCGGUACCAGUGCCCCUGUUUCUGCCCACUACUCUGGACAGCGCUGAGCGAAUAGUGGAGACCAUUCAGAUGAUCAAAGAGAGAAUUCCAGACAACCCGCUGGAAGCCGACCUGAUCAUGAUGGCAGAGAUGGUUGCGGAGGACAGUGAGAAGGAUAAAGCUGUCUCCCAAGGAGACCAGGAUGAUAAUUUUAUCGAAGAUUUCGAUUUGGAAGCCCUCUCCAGCCAUCUAAGUUGGGAGGACGACAGCAUCUCGAGUGCCUCCCGAUGGGGACGUAGCUCAGAGUCUGAAAAAGUGCCUCCAUCCGGACAGGCGCAGCAGUCUCCCAGCCCUGCCCCGCAAGAGCCACAAAUGGACCUGGAGGCAGAUUUUCCAGUCGAGAGCUUUGAGCAUUUAGAACAACGCACACAAGAGGACAAGAGCGUGACUCCUACCAGGCUGAAAACACGCAAGAAGAACCGCGAUUGUUUCCCUCAGAAAAAACGAGCUCGUAAACGUACAGAAACUCCUCCUCAGUCAUCAGCAGCUGAUGUUCACCACCCGUCCAAAUUGCACACCAAAUACGGCGUUCAGGCCUGGAAGAGCUGGGUACGCUGGAUGGAAACGCAGCCGAAAAUGGAGAUGCCCAAAUUUGGCUCGCGGAACAUAACGAUAAAGGAGGACGUGUUACAGUGCAGCACGGCUGAGCUAAGUUACGGCCUCUGCAAAUUCGUCAGUGAAGUUCGCCGCCCGAAUGGAGAAACGUACAGUCCAGACAGCAUCUAUUACCUCUGCUUAGGCAUUCAGCAGCACCUUUUUGAAAAUGGCAGAAUGGAGAAUAUCUUCACGGACUUAUUUUACACUAAAUUCACUCAAACUAUGUCCAGGUUACUGACAGACUGGAAACCCACGAUACUUCCUAGUGGGUACAUACACUCUCGAGUGGAGGAAGAGUAUCUGUGGGAGUGUAAGCAGCUGGGUGCUUUCUCCCCGAGCGUGCUCCUCAACACUCUGCUUUACUUCUGCACCAAGUUCUUCGACUUCAAGACUGUCGCACAGCACCGGCGCCUUUCCUUCGCCCACAUCAUGCGGUGCACUCGUACACACAGCAACGGGAGCAAGAUGUCCUGCCUCCGCUUCUACCCUCCCGUGCACAAAGAAAACAAAAAUACAUCGAAUGAAGAUGACGAUGGUGUCCCUGCCAAGAGGAAAAGAGAAGACGAAGAGGAAGAAGGCGUGGUGCUGGAGAUGCAGGAGAAUGCAGAAAACCCUCUCCACUGCCCUGUUAGACUCUAUGAGUUCUAUCUCUCCAAAUGCUCAAGCAUGGUAAAGCAGCGUACAUCCGUGUUUUACCUGCGUCCCGAGCGCUCGUGUGUCCCCAACAGCCCGUUGUGGUUCUCCCACAUGUCACUGGAUGACGAAGAGCUGGGGAGCAUGCUCACUCGCAUCCUCACCGUUCGAGAGAUCCACCUCGAGAGAGAGAAGCCCCUGAACACGUCUGACCCAGAGAACCAAAGUGAUUCAGAAUAAUGCAGCAGUGAUUGCACUUUUACAGACUUAAAAGCAGUAGAGUGCUUCUGUUCUCGCAGGAGCUCAAAUCCUCUGGAACGGUUCUUUUUGUAUUCCAUAGCUGUUCCGAGUGCUUGCUAUGACGUUGGAGACGUUAAGGACGUAGCGGUGCUCAGUAAUCAGAACAUGGCCGGACUUCAAAUCCACGAGCGCACAAUCUUCAUUUCAAUCCUGUAAAUCAUUCUGCGGUGCUUUUAUUCAAUUUUCUGUUUAGAACGGUUCACGUUUAUCGAAUUCAGCGCCCCAUUUUUCUGAAAUCACACCAUUAUAAUUAAUAUUUGACACAUUUUGAAAAGUCACUUCAAUUCCGAGUGACCGAGCAUGAUCCUAACUGUAUUAUAGUGCUUUUCAAUUUCCUGCUACUGUAAAGCUAAUUCAUAUUCAUUCUCCUUGUUGUAUUCGUCAACUCUACAGUAGAUUGUCUGUCUGUUUCGAAGUUUCUCUCAUUGCUAUGAGAGUAUGUAUUACAUUUUUUGAAUGAAUGUUUAGUUUGGUUUUCUGACGUCAGACUCCAUGCGUGUCUCAAAAUUUCUACACUUCUCCCAGAUUGAGUUUGAGUCGGUGUUUUUUUUUUUUUUUUUUUAUUAUGGCUAAAAACAUACGCUAGGAACUCCUUUUAGUAGUUAAAGAAUUAAUUAAACAAUCAUGAUUUUUGAAAAGGAUACUUCAUUUUUUUUUUUUUUUUUUUUUUGGACAAUGUAGCUGCACAUCAUGUCGUUUCCUUUCUAUACAGUACGUUUACGCACAACUCCAUACCAAGAUGUGCAUUUAGUCUUUUUUGAUAUUAUUUUGUACAGUUUGAUGUAAGAAUUGAAUCGGCCCCGCUGAUGUGUGUGAAGUGAAGGAGACGUCGUUAUCUGUUUGUCACUCAGCACAAGUUUUUGUUAUACACUAUCGCAACACGCACACAAAAAUGCUUGAGUGAUUUUUGUGUCCCGUCAGCUGUUUGUUUCUUUUGACUCGUACGUUAGAACAUUUUUAUAUUAUUAAAUAGAAGGAUUAAAGUGUUGUACUUUACCAAUUGUGAGUCUUCGGAGUUAGGAUUUACCACAAAAUGAUGAAAAAUAUUUCGUGUUUGGUGUCUAUAUUUUGCUUGUUUAUCAAACUC